UGGGGGCUGCAAAAUGGAGCUCCAAUACAAUAUUCGAGGUGUGGAACUGGGAAGAGAAGCAGGAGCUCCGAAUGCCUACCCAGACAGAGAGAGAGAGAGAGAGACGUUCAUCUACCCAGCUGAGGAGGUGGCGCAGCCCGCUGAGCUUCUUUGCUGUGGUGGGACCCGACAGCGGAAGCGCUCUGCGCGGAACUCACGUCGUGUCGGACCCUGAUGUUCCUUUUCAUGUCCGUUCUUGCACGAGGGGGGCAGCUGUCUCCCUGUUCUUGUGGGUGGCGAUCAAGAUCAAAAUCUUGACUGGUCCUCGUCCUGGGCCUCGGCUGUUCCGCCCUUCUGUCUUCUUCUCUACUCGACCUCGGCUGCUCCUCGCCUCCCCGCUCUCUCUCUUCUUCAGCUCUUGCUGCCCUUGAGUUACUGCGCAACUGAAUUGGAACCAAGAAAGAUUCAUCCCCCCCUAUAGAGUAUAAGGUGCUGGUUAAAGUUUACCUGUUCUGAGAAUUCAUGUUAUGAUUUGCAAAACCGAUGGACAUUGAUAACCCCCAUGAAGAUAAAGAAAGCAGUGGACACGUUUCCCCAGUGAAAGAAAAUGGCCAUCUCCCACCAGUCUCACCGGAUACCUCCGGUGAGGGUUUUCCAUAUGCGCCUGAGAACUUUCCUAACCCAGGAGACAACUGGAGGUGGAGGGUGGGGAAGAGAGUGGCCAUUACAGGCAACUACUAUCGCGAUCGGUACCUCUAUGCUCCCAAGAGUCUGAAACAUCUUCUUCCUCGUAACAACUUGGGUGCAAAUCAUGGAUUUGCAAGCAAGCCUGCAGUCGAACGCUUCAUUAAGGCCGAAUUUCCUGAUGCUGAUUUGAAUGCGUUCUUUGCAUCUUUCAGCUGGAAGAUCCCUUCAAAGAAACUCCUGUUAGCAAAUGGUAUUCCCGAUCGGCAUACUUUCUUCAUUGUACCUUGCAAGGAGAACCCUGAGCCUUCCUCUUCAGAUCCUGGCCCCGCCAGGUGUAAAGCCAAAAAUAGGACAUGCAUCAGCUUAAGCUCUGAAUCGGACCAAACAACUUUGCCAUCAAUGCCCUGUGAUAUCUGCUGUUCUGAACCAGGUUUUUGCCGAAACUGCUGUUGCAUACUCUGUUCCAAGACUGUAGAUUCCUCGCAUGGUGGUUAUAGUUUCAUCAAGUGUGAGGCCUUGAUUGGUGAGGAGAACUCCAUCUGUGGUCACCUGGCCCACCUUAACUGCGGGCUCCGUGCUUACACAGCAGGAACUGUGGGUGGAAGUAUUGGAUUGGAUGCGGAGUACUAUUGCCGCCGCUGUGACUCGAGAACUGAACUGGUCUCCCAUGUUACGAAGUUAUAUGAGACAUGUAAGUCCAUUGAUUCUCAGGAUGAGGUUGAGAAGGUCUUGAACAUGGGAGUCUCUGUCCUUCAAGGUUCACAGAAAACAAGUGCAAAAUUGCUUCUGAGCAACAUAUAUUCCGCUCUCUCAAAGCUCAAGCGCGGGAAUUCUCUUGAACAAAUCUGGGGAGGAGAUGACACCUCAGUUGUUCCCAUCUCCUGCAAUGGUAGUAAUCCUACCCUGCCAAUAAAAAAUGGCAGUCCUUGUCAGGAAGAUUCAGAAAACAAUAAUUUAGCAGGUGCCACCAAACAGAUAAGAGAGCCAUCAAAUGACUCCAACUCUUUGAGCAGUCAGAUCCAUUACCAGAAGCUCGAUAGUGAGAUAACUAGGGUACUCCAGGCAAUGAAACAAGCACAGGAGUCUGAGUACAAAAUGGCAGAGGAACGACUGCAUGCUCAGAAGAAUUACCUAUAUAACCUGUACCAGCAGCUUGAUCUUGAAUACGAGAUCUCUAAGCUGAGGGAGCAAGGAUUAUCCUCCAGUGGCUUGGUGAACUCUGUGUCGAAAAGAAAGGAUCAGAUAAAGCGAGAGUACCAGAAACUCUUGGAGAUGAUGGAAGUAGCAAAGGGAUUCGGAAAGACUUCAAAGGAGAUUCUGAGAGAGCAUUUCGGUUUGGGGUUGGAGGAAAACCAUGCAGAGGUAUUGGCUUUUCUUAGUAACGCUGUUUGAUAUGAACUUGGUCUGGUUACAUCCAUCCUGUGGAUUCCUGUUGCUUGUAGCUGGGUUGUGCUGUGUUCAGAAAUUUCAAAUUCCAGUCUUGGACUUGAUCAAGUUUUUGGUGAUCAAUGGCCUGGUAAGCUGGAGGUAGUUGUGGUAGUAGAGGAAGAUAGUCGAACGAUGGACUCGUUGAAUCAAGAAAAUAUAGUUCUCAUCUACUAGUUGCAUGGUCAUCCCCCUAUAGCCCCCUUAUAGCUAUAAUGAAUAUGUUCUAGUGGUGGACAACUACAUAGGAACAUUUUUUCUUAAGUUAGAAACUGACCGACAGUUCUAAUUCACUUACUAGGUUGCACCCCUUGUUUGUGUAAGCAUUGUUCAUGCACUGCUUGUAACAGUGAGGGAAAAUGUGGUAGGGAAGCCUCUUGAUGUGGAUUGAUUUGCCUACGACUUGUCCUUUGUUUCUUAACUCCGGAUUUUAGGACCAUCGUCUUGACAUAAUAUUCGUCUGACCAAAUUUUCAUGAAAUGCAAGGUGUUGUGAAACUGCCA